AUGCAAUUUUGUAUAUGCCCAAACUCAGCUGCAGAAAGUCAUCAAGAAAACACAGAACCUAAGAGAAGGAGGGCCAGCAAGGCCAAAGAAAGUUGCUCAGCUCCCAAGAGGCCAGGGAAGCAAAGACAGGAAGCCAGUAGUCCUGUGGAGAAGGGCCCUGACAACAGUCUAACUGCUGUGGAGGAGGAUGUACCAGUGUUUGAUCUGAGUUCUCAAACAGCACAAGAGAGCGCGACAAGUGAUGGUGAAGUGCGUAGGAGGAAGCAAGAGGAAGAAGAAUCCUCAAGAGCCAGCAAGAAGCAGAAAGAUCAGGACAAAACAGUCCCAAAGAAGGUGCCUGGAGUUAAGAAGCAGCCAUUGGUGGUCGAGAUGGUUGACUCAGAUGAUGAAGAUGAUGAUCUUUUCUGUAUGAAGAGAUUUAGAGUAAAUCUGACCAACAGGCAGAACACCAGUACUGAGAGCCAGGCCACUAAAGAGCCUAAUGCAGGCCAGAUAAGAACCAAGAACACAACUCAGCAGCCUGCAAAGAAGGCGAAAGGAGAUGGCCAAAAUGAUGAGACGGCCAAGAACAAGAAAAAAGGGCGACCAAGAAAGAGCGCUGGAAAGAAGAACAAGGACGUGGACUCUGAAAUUCAGCCAGAAAGUAUGAGCGGCUCAAAGCAGAGUGCGAAGGACUUGGAGAUGAGACAAGAACAACCAGAAACUCAGGAGUGUAGGCUGGACACAGUGGUGGAUGAUGUACAGAGGGAGGGACCAAGUGUGGAAGUUGAAGUUACAUCACGAGGCUGAUGGUGACAGUUUUAACCACAGUGGUCUUCAAGAUUUGGUUCUGCCCUCAGAUAGAAAAGAGGCAGAAGAUGAAGAAAUUCCUGUCCAGCCUUC